CUGCCCCUCUAGUUGAGGCACUGAAAUCAACAGCAGCUCAUGAAGUGUCCUGCUUUCACUUCCCAGGACACAACAGAGGGAAUGCUGCUCCGUCUUCACUGUCGAACCUUAUUGGGAUGGGAGCAUUUACGCAUGACUUGCCCGAGCUACCGGAGCUCGAUGACCUCUUCUAUCCUAAGGGUGUGAUUUUGGAUGCUCAGAACCAGGCGGCUCAACUAUUUGGAUCAUCUAAAACAUGGUUCCUGGUCAACGGGAGUACUUGCGGAAUCCAGGCUGCAGUGAUGGCUACCUGUUCCCCGGGUGACUACCUCGUUAUACCUCGAAACUGUCACAUUUCAGUGAUAUCUGCUAUGGUUCUAUCCGGUGCGGUACCUAAGUAUAUAGUACCAGAGUACAAUUCCGGGUGGGAUAUCGCUGGCGGUGUUACACCGUCACAGGUAGAUCAAGCACUGAAGGAGCUUCAGAAGGAUGGGAAGAAAAUAGGUGCUGUUCUUGUUACUUCACCGACCUAUCACGGGAUAUGCAGCAAUGUGCGUGGUAUUGUUGAUGCUUGUCAUCCAUUACACAUUCCAGUUAUAGUGGACGAGGCACAUGGUGCACACUUCAGGUUCAUUGACAGUUUUCCAAGCACGGCGAUUGAGCAAGGUGCUGACCUGGCUGUGCAAUCCACGCACAAGGUUCUGAGCUCGCUCACACAGUCCUCAAUGCUUCACAUGGCUGGCGAUCUUGUUGAUGCGGAUAAAGUGAGCCAAUGCCUCCAAUUGCUCCAGAGCUCAAGCCCAAGUUACCUCCUAUUGUCAUCAUUAGAUGCUGCAAGAGCUCAAUUGAGUGAGAACUUAAAAUCCUUUGAUGAACCGGUGGCUAUGGCUUUUGAAACAAGAGAACAGCUGAGGUUGAUCCCAGGGAUAUCUGUCCUGGACCUGUCAACCUUUGUUUCUGACUUCCCUGCCAUUGAUCCUUUGCGUAUCACAGUAAGUGCUACAGAUCUACAUUUAUCUGGAUAUGAAGCAGAUGACAUUUUGGCUGAAGAGCAUCAAAUUGUUUCUGAGCUUGUCGGUACAAAGGCAGUGACAUUUGCAGUCAACUUAGGCACCAGACAACAAGAUGUUGAAAAGCUUGUACAGUCUGCAAAGCAUGUCUCAGAAAAACACUCCUCCGCAAAAGAAUCCAGUUUUCGAAAAUGUCGUAGUCCAUUAGAUAAGUUCUCUGUCAACCUGACUCCAAGAGAGGCCUUCUUUACAAACAAAAAGAGAGUGUGCAUUGAGGACAGCCUUGGCGAAAUAUGUGGUGAGCUUAUAUGCCCGUAUCCACCAGGUAUCCCUGUGCUGAUCCCAGGUGAGGUCGUAACACAGGAUUCCCUUUCUUACUUAAUACACGUCAGAGACCAGGGCAUGGCAAUAAGCGGGGCAGCUGAUGCCAAAUUCAACUCGAUCAUGGUAUGCAACUUGUGAUUAUUAUUCUGAGGUUUCAAGAUAACCAUGUGGCAACAAUAGUUCGGUGGUUCACGGACUAAUGAAUCAUGAUGCAUCUGCAUAGUAUGAGGGAUGGUAACCACACAUGGGUCCAAGCAGAGCACAGUCGGGUUCUUCCUAAGACAACACUAGUGCAGAAGAACAACUAGCUGCCUACUUGACCAAACAUUGAGAAUACGUCUCGUGAAGAAAGAGUUAGUUAUCAAGCUACGUGACGAUGCCAAAUUAUAAGUAGGGUCUAUCCGUCUAUGGCAUGUGGACUCGUGUGAGUUCGAAGCAUAAACCAUUGAAGAGGCAACCUUGUCCCCUGAAGUGCCUUGGAAUCUUCCUUCUUUGGCUCACUUCAGAAUAGCGUGCUCAAUCUGAAUCGACUGAUCCAGCUCUCAAGCACCAGGUGCAGUCUUUACACCUUCAUGGUUUUCCAUCAGCAUGUUGCAAGGUUACCUGGUUACUCAAGCAAGUACUCUAGCUUCUUUUGUAAGUCCCACAUCAACUAGAGAAUUCAUGGAUAUUCCACUGGACGUGUACCAAAAGAUUAGCACAUAAUGCAUCAUUGCAAUU